GUCGGCACGAUGAUCAACGCAUUCAGCAUCUUGGCCCUCGUAGGCGCUGUGUCUGCUGGCAGUAGCUGGGGUCACCCAGGCGGGACCUGGGGUGGCGAAGGAUGGGGCAACAACUCGACCUUGUCCAGUAGCUCAGCAUCUACUACUUCUGCUUCCAGCAGCUCUUCCAGCUCAAUCUCCACAAGCUCACAGAGCACUACCAGCCCGGUUUCUCCGGUCACAUUGAGCACUUCCAGCUCAUCUCUUUCAACCCACAACACCACCUCUUCGGUGCCAAUGACCACCAGCUCUACACAAUACACCACAUCUACUGUCUACAGCACAACCGAGAUCACGAUCACUUCCUGCGCCCCGACGGUUACCAACUGCCCAGCUCACUCCACGAUCGUUACCACCAGUACUAUUGCCAUUUCGACGACCGUCUGCCCGGUGACCGAGACCGCAUCGAAGUCUAGCUCUUCGCCCAUUAGUCCAGUCACGCCGACCGCGACUCCAUGGACGAGUUCCAAGGGGUGGUCGGGCUCCCCGUCCUGGUCUUCCUCGGUCAACAGCACGACCACCGUCCCAGUCCACCCAACGACUGUCACUGACACAACAAGUAUCUACACUACCGUUUGCCCCGUCACAUCGACCUGGACUUCUGGCAGCAGCACGCUGACCAGCACCUACACAACUGUGUCGACUGCUACAUCCACCUACCAGACGACAUUGACGCUCAGCAAGACCAGCGCGAUCUCCAGUCCUGUGACUUCCUCGCCAGUAUCCACGAGCUCAGCCACCCAGUACACAACUUCGACUGUCUACCGCACUACCGAGAUCACCUUCACUAGCUGCGCGCCAACCGUCACGAACUGCCCUGCCCAUUCGACUACUGUGGUUACCUCGACCAUCCCUGUGUCGACUACGAUCUGCCCAGUGACCGAGUCCUAUGGCUGGAGCUCUACGCCAUCAUCUGCUGUCGGCACUAGCACUCAGACUACUAUUGGCGCGACAACGACCCGCACGUCCAGCGUCCUUACGACCGUGACAAGCUACAACACUGGUCUCACCACCGAAAUUCAGACUUACUACACUACUACCUGCCCAGUAAGCACCUCGAUCUGGACCAGCGCCUCUUCCACCUAUUCUUCGCCAGUCACACUGUCGACUUUGACAAACACAUGGUAUAGCACUACGGUUCACACGACCACUACCCCUGUGGUCGUUGUCAGCAGCUCUGCUACUUCAUCGUCUUACCUCCCGGCUUCGCCAGCCAUUGCUUCGAGCCAAUCGAGCCUCUCGGUCCCGGUUGUCAAGACCACGGUGCCUGUCGUGCCUCUGCCUGUACAGAGCACUUCGGUCUGGACUGCGCCUGGUCCUUCGGCGCCAGCUCGAUCUAUGCCUUCUGGCCCUGCUCCUUCGGCACCCGCCCAGAGCAAGCCGCCCGGCCCAGCUCCCUCCGCUCCAGCUCAAAGCAUGCCAUCUGGUCCAGCACCCUCUGUCCCAGCUCAGAGCAUGCCCUCCGCUCCAGCUCCUUCCGGCCCAGUUCAAUCCAGCCCAGUGGCUCCCGUGCCAGUCUCGCCAUCAACUCCUCAAGGCACAACUCCAGUAGCGCCAGCAGGCACCACGCCCGUCGCACCCGCCGGCAACACCUCGCCAGCUCCUUCGCCAGUGGCACCCGUCAACACGGCCCCAGCUGUUUGCCCUAGCCAGGCAACUGCCACUGUCUACGUCACUCUUGGCUGUGACCAGUGCUCGUACUCCUCCAUGGGUCUGCCGACCGGCAGCAAGCCUGCUGUUCCUUACCCAACUGGUGCCUCCAACGGCACCAUACCCGUCGGCGGAGCUAGUGCGACAGGUGCCCAGGGCUCUGCCACCACCUCGCCUGUGGCGGUCCAGACCACGAACGCUGGUUCCAUCGCUAAGCCAGUGACUAUGGCCAUCGCUGCUGUCAUGGCUCUCGCUCUCUUCCUGUAG